AAUGUUCAACUGCCACAAACGGUUCAUGGAGAAGAAAAGUAGGAUUGUUUCAUAACUAAUAAUCAUAAGAACGCGUUUAAUUUUGUUGCGGUAACACUCGUCUAUAUAUUACUAGGAAAUCUACCAGUAGUCUUUAAUAUACUGUGUUUAUUAGUAGUAGUAGUAGUAGUACCGCGGGAUGUUACCAAACAUCGGUCCUUUCGUAAGAACGGAGGAUUUCGAGGAGGUCGUCGGGUCCAAAUGUCACAAAAAGACGACAGUGAAAAGGACAUUUGGGACUAUAGACCCCUGAAGAAGACAAAGAAGAGACAUGCGCCGCCGUCCGAAGCCGUGACUAAGAGAAAAUGCACAUUCAGGAGGACCUCGAAGAAGAAGGAGGAGGACUUCUCUCUCUCAGCCAAGUCAGAAGACAAUGAUGCAAAAGCAGCUGGACGCGGAGAUGUUGGAGUAACUGGUGUUGAAGGAUGUGGCAACUUGGAGCCAAAUUAUUUACCCUCUCCUGCCAAAGACGAUGAUGAUGCAGCGGAGGGAUCGUCCUCUGGAGACUUUUGUCCCAUCUGUCAGAUGCCUUUCUACAUUUUGGUUGUGCAGUCCCAAAGAUGGCACGUUGCUGAAUGCCUGGACACCCCCAGGGACCAAUGCAAAGAAUGCCCAGAUGGUCUUCAGUGCUCCUCCACCAUUCCCAACCAUUACAAGAAGUUCGACCAUUCGUAUCUGGCUCACAGCCGAGCCCACGGCGACGCAGGCCUCCUCAGCGUGAUCCGGGAGGAGGCGGGAACCAACCUGCGUUGUCUCCCGGGGUCGACAAACAAGGAGGCGGGUGGCUGCGUUUUAGAGGCUUCGCCGGACAGCGCAUUCAGUCUUUCUGACAUUUCCACUCAUAGUGUUUCUCCUCCCAGUGAUCACAAUGUGACACCCAAGUCAAAGCUCGCAAACGGGCUUCUCAAACUGCGCUCGCCCGCCCCAGAGGAUUUUAAGAAAAAGAAAGGAUGGAUGUCGUCUAGUAAAAGCCAAAAGUCAGUGACUUCUUCCCAGGAAAGUACAAAAGAACUUUCAUCCACUCCUGUCAAUGAGCUUAGUAGGAGUUUACCUUCCCCUGAAAAUGAUGACAUGAUAUCAUACUCUCCUCUGUCUGAGUUCCCUGCAGAGGCUGAAGAUCAUAAUGGUAAUGAGUGUAGAAAAUCUCUUUUUAAUAAUGAUGAAAACAAGGAUGAGGACUCCAUGGUGCUGUUCAGCGACAGCUUCUCCAGCGACGACGAGCUCCUCGCUGAAUUUAUAGACAAUAAUUUGGAAGUCAAUAACUUGCCAGAGGAGGAGGAGGCGUCCUCCCCAAGCACCCAGCUGGGUUCAGUUUCCUCAUUAGCGCCUCCUAAUCAGUCCACUGCCUCGGCAUUUACAGGGAACAGAGCUGAUCACUCAGAGGGAAAAGCAGCCUGCAGUAAAUCUAAUGAAAUCGGUACGACUAGCUUUCAGUCUCCACAGAGGAUCGUUUUAGAGCGGCUAAGAGAAACGAUUCUCAGCUCAGGAAACUCGAACAGUAUUCAAACACUACAACUUCCCACAACUCCUCCAUCUCAGAACGUCCCCGUCCCCAGGUCUCAGAGCAUGGCGCCUCGGAGGGGCCUCGGCAGCAAGGCAGGUCAGGCCUCGGGUCUGAAGCAAACGGACAUCGGUGUGUUCUUCGGCCUCAAACCGGCCAAGGAGAAGGAGAAAGAAGAACCUCAGGGGGAACCGACUCUCGACGCCUCCGAGACCUCGGGACGGAGGAGACAAAGGGGACCGAGGGCACCGAGGGGAAGCAGGCAGAGGGCGAGUAAGGCCGACGCAACCGUGGAAACGUCGCAGGCUGCUGCAGAAACCGGAGAUGGCUCUAGUUUGGUGGAUGGUCAGGUAGAAACAGGGAGAGGUGGGAGCAGAGGAUGGAGAAGAAAAAGGUGGAACCGAGUCGGUCCUGACGGAGAAGUGCAGCUACCACGCUGUCCGUUUUACAAGAAGAUUCCAGGCACAAGGUUUGCCGUCGACGCCUUCCAGUACGGGGAGAUAGACGGCAUCACCGCCUACUUCCUCACACAUUUCCACUCGGACCAUUACGGAGGUUUGACCAAGAACUCAACACUUCCGAUCUACUGUAACAGAAUCACAGGGAACCUGGUGAAGAGCAAGCUGAAGGUGGCAGAACAGUACGUCCACGUCCUCCCCAUGAACACCGAGGUCACCGUGGACGGAGUCCGAGUCGUCCUCCUGGACGCCAACCAUUGUCCCGGAGCUGCCAUGCUGCUGUUCUUCCUGCCCGACGGACAGACGGUCCUCCACACCGGGGACUUCCGAGCCGACCCGUCCAUGGAGACGUACCCGGAGCUGCUGGGCUGCCGCGUGCAGACGCUGUAUCUGGACACCACCUACUGCAGCCCCGAGUACACGUUCCCACGGCAACAAGAGGUCAUCAACUUCGCAGCCAGCACGGCCUUCGAGCUGGUGACACUCAGCCCACGAACACUGGUGGUGUGUGGGUCCUACUCUGUGGGGAAGGAGAAGGUGUUUCUGGCGCUGGCAGACGUCCUGGGCUCUAAAGUUUGCCUCUCGAGGGACAAAUACAACACCAUGUGCUGUCUGGAGUCGGAGCAAGUCAGAGAACGCAUAACCACCGACUGGAAGGCGGCCCAGGUCCACGUGCUGCCCAUGAUGCAGCUGAAUGUCAAAAAGCUGCGUGAUCACCUGUCACGCUUCUCGGGACAGUACGAUCAGCUGGUGGCCUUCAAGCCGACGGGCUGGACCUUCAGUCAGCAGGCGGAGUCGGUGGAGGACAUCCAGCCUCAGAUCAGCGGCAACGUCUCCAUCUACGGGGUCCCGUACAGCGAACACAGCAGCUUUCUGGAGCUGAAGCGGUUCGUCCAGUGGCUGCGACCUCUCAAGAUCAUUCCCACGGUCAACAACGGCAGCUGGGCCGGCAGGAAGGCCAUGGAGAAGUGCUUCGGGGAGUGGCUCCGCGAAACCAGAGCUAAACUGUGAGCGGGGUCUGCCAGAACUCAUCGGGAGCAAAUGUGAAAAAAAUCUAUUUUAACACCACUCAUUUUUCUAACUGUUAUUAGAGGAACAAUUCACUCUUGGACCAGUAUCGUAUUUUUAUGCUCUUAUGCAAAAUGACAUGGAAGCUUUUAACAGGACAUUGUUUUUCAAUUCACUCAUCCGUGUUCUGCAAGUGCUGCUCUAGAAAUUCCAAUUUUCUUCUCAGUGUUUGUUUGUUUUUUUGUAUAUAAUUAAAACUUUUAUGCAGAAGAAUAAAUGUUUUAAUCAUU